UACAACAAGAGUUGACACAGAGGAAGUGAAAAAUUACGUAGCCUAGUUGCGUUAGCUACGUGCCCAGCAUAUUCAGUGAUUUCUCACGUUUAUGUCGCGUCUAAAUCUGUAAACACAGAAUGACCAGAAGCCUAUUGCAACAUGACUGAAGUCGAGAAAAGUUUGACACACAAGAGCUCCGGAUGAUGAACGCAUUUUAGCCUACAUAUCUUUCAAAAUGAUGCAUUUCAGAUUAUUUCAUUUUCCCAUCGUUUUGCCAGUUGCAAAUGCUUGACGUUAUAGGCUACUCAUUAUGUUAUACGCGUUUAAAAACGCGUGCGCGUGUCUUAGAUUAGCCUAAACUUCGUUUAAGAAAGUGAGUCAUGUUCAUACGAAUCGAACACUGUAGUCGUGGACCUGGCUUAGCCUAUAACCCUUUUAAGUUUUAUAAUUUUAGACGUCUUAAAUAGUUAGUGUUGGUAAUGACCUACUAAUCCUGUGGCGUUUGUAACGUUAGUGUAACUUCACGUGUGCUUAGAUGUCUUCACUAUUUUAUUGUCUUCUAACUGGAAGCUAUGACUCCACAAGUGAUAAUCCUGUUGACUGGACUUUGUUGGACAUGUUGCCAGUCGGCACUAGCCUGGCAAUUGUGUGACAAUGGCAAGUUUCAGCUGGAGCGAGAUUUGCCGCGUUCACUGUUAUAUUGCUCUGAGCCGUAUUUUGAAGAUUCUAAUCAGAAACAGCAUGUUGUUCAGAAGUCUCCACCACCUUUACAGCCCGCUAAGCAUGUGUGCAUGGACACAGCCAUCAUAUAUAAUGCUACUAUUCCAAACAGGGGAGACCACAGGCCUGUGGGAGCGCAGCCUGGUGUUUACCUGUACUGCCCACCUCAGCGCUGGCUGAACAACCUCCAGCAUGGCUCAAUUGUAGCCCUGCAUCAUCCUUGCGCUCCUGAGCGGCAGCGAGCUCGUGUGACUGCGCUGGUGCAGUCUUGCCUGCCUGGUUACAUCGUGACAACCCACCCCUGGCUCAGCACCCACAGGCCUGUGGCAUUGGUCUCUUGGGGUCGAACACUGGAGAUGUCCCACGUAACUGCCCCUGAGGUCUGUGACUGGCUAGUCUCGGUAUCUUCCAACCGCCCGCAGCAGCACAGUGACCCAGAGCGGAGUCGGAGAGUGCGCUACAGCCUGCUGUUGACACACGCGGCCCCUCUGCACAGGGAAAAGGAUACUGCACAGGACACGCAUGAAACCACAUCCCAAAUAGAUUGGUUAAAGAAUCUUAAGAGUUGUUGUGAACAGACCCUCUCCCAUCACAAGGAUGGAGUGAUCCGGAGGGAAGAUAAAGACGGAAGGAUUCAAAAAAGAGAAAGGAGAGCUGCACUUCCAGCGCGAGAGGAGUACCAUCCAGAAGAGUCCCACGCACAGCUCAACAAUGAGACUGACCUCCACGGCACUCUGCCCAGCAAACUGAAUGAUACGUUCACACACGCUACAGUGGAAACCAAACGCACUGCUGCAGCAGCCGUGCCAGUGCAGAGCACUGCAAGACCCCGAACGGCAGCGGCUAACGUCAGCCCACCUGCGGAGACAAAGGUGGGCGCAGGAGAACCAAAGAAGGCGGAGGCGCCUGGGACUCAGGAGCAGGAAGGACAUUCCCAGACUGGAGGAGAAGGAGGAGGCGGAGGAUGGGAGCAGGGGAAAGUGACGAGUGCUGAAAAUACGAGAAGCCGCACACACUACUCACACACACUCUCGCACGGGCAGACCCACAGGAAGGCAGGCGCAGGGAGGGGUUCGAGUGGGGACUCCAGCCCCAGGCAGCGGGUAAGAGAGGACACUGAGGAGCAGCAGCGACUGAAGGAGAGGGAGACGGAGGCCCCUGCGGUAGGGGUUGGGGUGGCGGGCAGGGGGUCGGUGGCAGGUGACCGGCGGCCCAUGGCGCGCACAGACGAUGCGGUAUGGGCGGCGGCGGCGCUGGGCUUCCUGCUUGUGCUGCUCACGCUGUCGGUGCUGCACACACGCCUCUACCGCCACUGGCGCACCAUGCCCAGCCUCUACUGGCAUGACAGGACACAGGACUACGACAGUGUGGCAGAUGUGGUCCGACGGAGGCUGAAACUGGCAGGCCGGAGGAAGAGAAGGGUUGGAGCUGGCCGCAGACAGGAAGCUCCUCUCAUAACCAUCUCAAGCACAGAAGAGGACUCCGACUAACUAGCCUUCCUCUUCCUCCUCCCUCCUCUCUUCAUUGACAGGGACUCCUCUGGGCCGAGUGAUGAAUGAUGACUUCUGAAACCAAGCCCAGAGACAGACCCUUCUCUUUCAUAGACUUGAACCCAGAACUGUUGAAGCAGAGUGCACUAUAAUUUUGUAUCCUGCGUGCGGCAACACUUAAGUGAUGAUAGUACCUCAGUAUUUCAGUCUGGAAGAUGUUUGGAGGAUGUUUGUAUAAACAGUAUCCAGGCAGACAUGACUUGUCUUAUUAUUAUACAGCAGUGGUAUACAGGGCGUUGGUGCCCGGUUCUCUUCUCUCUUUCCCGCUAGCAACCAUACCCUCAGUAACAUACAAUAUAGUAGCCUAUAAUUCUUGUUCAAGUUCACUAACAAUGAACUGGUUGGGUUUAGUAAACCCUGAGCACCAAAGGUUCUGUUCUCUGCCAAAGGUACAAAUGUUUUAUUGCUUAUUUGUUAUAAGCACAUGUAACCCUUUGUUUUAGUAUAUUUAAUGGGUUUUGUUGUGAC